CACAUCUCAUUUUAUAAGGGGAGAGAGAGGGAGAGAGGGAGAGCGAGAGAGGUAGUUAAGAGUUAAGGCACGUUUCAAGGCCUCCUUCCUUCCUUCCUUCCUUGCAAUCUCUCUCUCUCUCUCUCGUCUGCUUGGGCUUCGUUUGUGAAGAGAGAGAGACAGGCACGGACACGCACACUCACACGACCAGGAAGAAGAGCCCUCUCUUUCUCUAUAUUUAGUGUUUUUAUAUACCGAAAGACCCUCACCCUGUUUCCAUUGUAUCCUCCUCUCUUUUUUCAACAUCUUCUUACAGAGAGAGAGAGAGAGAGAGAUAGAGAGGAAGGCAGCGAAAAACUCUGCCCGCUUCCUGCAUUUCACUCUCCACCAUGAUCUCCUUGAAUAGAAGCACCUUCCUACUGAAUAACGUGGGCAUUUCGAGCUCGCAUAGCCCUUUCUCAGGGAGGCAGAGACGAUCAUUGCUUUCAGUUCCUUCUUCGUUGAGGGUAGCGGCCGUCAAUUCCAACAGGGAUCGCAACAGUAGCGUUUUGAUGGAGAGCACGUUCAAGGACGUUAGAGAUGGAGCCGUUUCGUCUUCUUCUGUGAUUGACGUCGACUCCAAAUCCAACAUUGCUCCUGGAGGGGCCGCUGAUGUUUACGGUGAGGAUACUGCCACCGAGGACCAGGUUGUUACCCCUUGGUUUGUAUCGGUUGCGAGUGGGUAUUCUUUGUUGCGAGAUCCACACCACAACAAAGGACUUGCCUUCACUGAUGCAGAGAGAAGUGCCCACUACUUGCGUGGCCUUCUUCCCCCAGCAGUCGUAUCUCAGGAACUCCAGGUGAAGAAACUGAUGUAUAUUAUUCGCCAAUAUCAACUUCCAUUGCAGAAGUACAUGGCUAUGAUGGAUCUUCAGGAGAGAAAUGAAAAAUUGUUCUACAAGCUUCUUGUUGACCAUGUUGAGGAAAUGCUCCCUAUUGUCUACACUCCAACUGUUGGUGAAGCUUGCCAAAAAUACGGGAGCAUCUUUACUCGUCCUCAGGGUCUUUAUAUUAGUUUGAAAGAAAAGGGUAGCAUUCGUGAAGUGUUACGGAACUGGCCUGAGAAGAACAUUCAAGUCAUUGUUGUCACUGAUGGAGAGCGGAUUUUGGGUCUAGGGGAUCUAGGCUGUCAGGGCAUGGGGAUACCAGUAGGGAAACUGGCUUUGUACACAGCACUUGGUGGAGUUCGUCCUUCAGCUUGCUUGCCUGUAACCAUUGAUGUGGGGACAAACAAUGAGAAUUUGUUAAACGAUGAGUACUACAUAGGGCUCAGGCAAAGAAGGGCAACUGGACAGGAAUAUGCUGAACUGGUUCAUGAAUUCAUGUCUGCAGUCAAGCAGACCUAUGGUGAGAAAGUCCUCAUUCAGUUUGAAGACUUUGCGAACCACAAUGCUUUUGAUUUGCUUGCUAAAUAUAACACAACUCAUCUUGUUUUCAAUGACGAUAUUCAGGGUACAGCAUCUGUGGUUCUUGCAGGGCUGGUUGCAGCACUAAGGUUAGUUGGUGGGACUUUAGCUGACCACACAUUCUUAUUUCUCGGUGCUGGAGAGGCUGGCACUGGAAUUGCAGAACUCAUAGCUCUUGAGAUUUCCAAACAGACAAAUAUGCCAAUGGAAGAGGCUCGCAAGAAGAUUUGGCUUGUAGACUCAAAGGGAUUGAUUGUUAGUUCCCGCAAGGAAUCACUCCAACAUUUCAAGAAGCCCUGGGCACAUGAGCAUGAACCCAUUAAGACACUUCUAACUGCUGUUAAUGACAUCAAGCCAACAGUGUUGAUUGGAACAUCAGGAGUAGGAAGAACAUUUACUAAAGAAGUUGUUGAAGCCAUGGCUUCCUUCAAUGUGAAACCUAUAAUUCUCUCUCUUUCCAACCCGACUUCACAAUCUGAAUGUACCGCUGAAGAAGCUUAUACAUGGAGUCAGGGGCGAGUUAUUUUUGCUAGUGGAAGCCCAUUUACUCCUGUUGAAUACGAGGGUAAAACUUUCGUGCCUGGUCAGGCAAACAAUGCAUACAUUUUCCCUGGAUUUGGUCUGGGUCUAAUAAUGUCUGGUGCCAUCCGUUCACAUGAUGACAUGUUGCUGGCUGCCUCGGAAGCUUUGGCUGCUCAGGUGACCCAGGAGAACUUUGACAAGGGACUUAUCUACCCUCCAUUCAGAAACAUCAGAAAGAUUUCAGCAGAGAUUGCUGCUAAAGUGGCUGCUAAAGCUUACGAACUUGGUUUGGCUACUCGCCUUCCUCCACCAAAGGAUCUGGUGAAGUAUGCUGAGAGCUGUAUGUACAGCCCUGCUUAUCGAAGCUACCGGUGAAGUGAUGGGACAGGAAAAAAAAAAAAGGGUUCACUUCUAAUCCCAUAAUCAGCUGCAUUUCCGUUUGCUUUCUUCUUUUAAAUUUUUUUUUGGCCUGCUUGCUCUUCCUAGAUUCCUAUCCUGCAACUCUGUUAGGCAUUUAGUGAGUAAGAAGAGCAAUGAUAGGUGCUGGUAAUUGGAAGACUGCAGUCAAAUCUUGAGAUGUUGCAGAAAACUUCAUUAUAGCCAUCUGUUAACAACUCCAACAAAGAAAAGUGAUUUAAUGAAAAUGAAAAAAAAAUUAAUAAUGAA